AUGUACGAUAACAGAGACGGGUCGACGGCGCCCAGCUUCAAGCGGCGGAGGCUAGAUGGCGGAAGAUUCGACUCGGGGCGCUCGACGCCGCGCGACUCCCGGUCCGCCGCCACGCCGAUGCGGGACGACGUGCCCGCGCCGACAGACGAAGACUCGAAAGCGCUGGACCGCGACUGGUACAUGGGCGACGAAUUCGGCGGGCACGUAUUCGGGGACGACUCGCACAACCCGUUCGCGGACUACUCGGCGUGGGAGGCGCAGAAGCAGGAGGAGAUCAAGGCGGAGAAGAUGACGAGCAGGUUCGACGCGCGGAGGGAACAACGGAACCGCGAGAACGAUGCCUGGGAGACGAAUCGGAUGCUGGUGUCUGGUGUCGCGCAGAGGAGGGAUAUGGGGGCCGAUUUUGACGACGAGGAGGCUACCCGGGUGCAUCUUCUGGUACACGACUUGCGGCCGCCCUUCCUCGACGGUCGUACUAUCUUCACGAAACAGUUGGAACCGGUUCCUGCGGUGCGCGAUUACCAGAGCGAUAUGGCUGUGUUCAGUCGGAAGGGCAGUAAAGUUGUAAAGGAGGCGCGACAACAACGCGAACGCCAGCGUCAAGCCCAGGAAGCCACCAGUAUGGCGGGAACAGCUUUGGGCAACUUGAUGGGUGUCAAAGAGGACGAUGGGGAUAGUGCGCUGCCAGUCGCGUCGGAAGAAAUAUCCAAGAAGGGCGGCGAUGACAAGGGUGAUGGAAAGGGCGAAGAUAACAGUAACAGUAAUAAGUUCAGCGCCCACAUGAAGAAGGACGACGGCGGUGGCAGCGAAUUCAGCAGGAGCAAGACGCUGCGCGAGCAAAGGCAGUACCUGCCCGCGUUCGCAGUUCGCGAGGACCUGAUGCGGGUCAUCCGAGAAAACCAAGUCAUCAUCGUGGUCGGCGAGACGGGAUCGGGAAAGACGACGCAGUUGACGCAGUUCUUGUACGAAGACGGCUUUGGCAAGUCGGGCAUGAUCGGGUGUACGCAGCCGAGGCGUGUCGCCGCGAUGAGUGUCGCGAAACGUGUCUCUGAGGAGAUGGAGGUCAAACUGGGCAGCACGGUGGGCUAUGCAAUCCGUUUCGAGGACUGCACCAGCAAGGACACCGUCAUCAAGUACAUGACGGACGGUGUGCUUCUGCGAGAGUCGCUGAACGAGCCUGAUCUCGACAGAUAUUCUUGCGUCAUCAUGGACGAGGCACACGAGAGAGCCCUGAACACGGAUAUCCUGAUGGGGUUGUUCAAGAAGAUCCUUCAGAGACGGAGAGAUCUGAAGCUCAUCGUGACCUCUGCGACGAUGAACGCGAAGCGAUUUUCGGACUUCUACGGCGGAGCCCCUGAGUUCAUCAUCCCCGGACGAACGUUUCCCGUAGACGUAAUGUUCCACAGGUCACCCGUCGAGGAUUAUGUGGACCAAGCGGUCCAACAAGUGCUUGCCAUCCAUGUGUCCAUGGAUCAGGGAGAUAUUCUGGUAUUCAUGACGGGUCAAGAAGAUAUCGAAGUUACUUGCGAGCUCAUCCAACGGCGGCUGGAUGCACUGAACGAUCCUCCCAAGCUCAGCAUCUUGCCCAUCUACAGUCAGAUGCCUGCGGAUUUGCAGGCCAAGAUCUUCGACAGGGCAGCACCAGGCGUGCGCAAAUGUAUCGUGGCCACCAACAUCGCCGAGACGAGUUUGACGGUCGACGGUAUCAAAUACGUGGUGGACGCCGGUUACAGCAAGAUGAAGGUGUACAACCCGAAGAUGGGUAUGGAUACGCUGCAGAUCACCCCUAUUUCACAGGCAAACGCGUCGCAGAGAUCGGGACGUGCAGGCAGAACCGGCCCUGGCAAGGCCUUCCGUCUGUUCACCGAGAAGGCCUUCAAGGAGGAACUUUAUCUUCAGACCAUUCCCGAAAUCCAGCGGACGAACCUCAGCAACACAGUGCUGAUGUUGAAGUCUCUGGGUGUCAAGGAUCUGCUUGAUUUCGACUUCAUGGACCCGCCGCCUCAAGACACCAUCACGACGUCCAUGUUCGAUCUCUGGGCCCUAGGCGCGCUGGACAAUCUGGGCGAGCUGACACCGCUGGGUCGCAAGAUGAGCGCGUUCCCCAUGGACCCUUCCCUCUCGAAACUGCUCAUCACCGCGGAGGAAUAUGGCUGCAGCGAGGAAAUGAUCACCAUCGUCUCCAUGCUCUCCGUCCCCAACGUCUUCUACCGCCCCAAGGAACGCCAGGAAGAGGCAGACGCCCAGCGCGAGAAGUUCUGGGUGCACGAGUCGGACCACCUGACCUACCUGCAGGUGUACUCGGCGUGGAAGUCCAACGGGUGCUCCGACGGGUGGUGCAUCAAGCACUUCCUGCACCCCAAGUCGCUGCGGCGCGCCAAGGAGAUCCGCGACCAGCUGCUCGACAUCAUGAAGAUGCAGAAGAUGGAGAUGCUCAGCUGCGGCAUGGACUGGGACCUCAUCCGCAAGUGCAUCUGCAGCGGCUACUACCACCAGGCGGCCAAGUACAAGGGGUCCGGCGAGUACAUCAACCUCCGCACCAACCUCGGCGUCCAGCUGCACCCGACGUCGGCGCUGUACGCGGGCCACCCGCCCGACUACGUUGUCUACCACGAGCUCAUCCUGACGUCGAAAGUCUACGUCUCGACCGUCACGGCCGUGGACCCGCACUGGCUGGCCGACCUGGGCGGCGUCUUCUACUCGGUCAAGGAGAAGGGGUACUCGGUGCGCGACAAGCGCAUCACCGAGACGGAGUUCAACCGCAAGAUGGAGAUCGAGGCCAAGAUGGCCGAGGACAAGAAGAGGGAGGAGCAGAGGCUCGAGGCGGAGGCGGAGAGGUCGGCCAAGAGGAAGCCCGGCGCGGCCGUGGCGACAAACGGGAAGAAGAUUGUUACCCACGGAGCUGUGAGGAAGCCUGUGAUCAAGCGUAGGGGUAGAGGCGUUUAG